AUGUGGUUGCCGACGCCUUCCGUCGAGAGUAUUACCCGGCCGCGACUGGCUGUGGCCGUAGUUUCUGCUGUGGCCGCGCUCUCGGCCGGAUACUAUGCAUAUCAGGUCCGGUCGCAAAGUUUCGAGUCUCUGCCCGGUGGUGGCCUACACAGGAGCAACGCAGUACGACGUCAACGCCGCAAUCGGAGAAACGAUGAUGGCUCGAGUUCCUCAUCCGAGGCUCCGGGUGACGAAAACGCCAAUAUUGAUCCAGUCCAACCCCUCGGCGAUGGAGAGACCAUAGUUGAUGGCGGGGACGAGUGGUGGAACGACCCCAGCGGUUUUCCUUCUAAUCAACGAACUGGCCACAACAUCGUCACCCUUCUCUUUCGUGUUUCAGAGGACAAUGCUCGCAGAAAUGGAUGCGUUCACAGAGGCUGCCAAUGUAAUUCAUGUGGCAUGGUUCCCAUUCGCGGGGUCCGUUACCGCUGCGCAAACUGUGCCGACUUUGAUCUUUGCGAAACUUGCGAAGCCCAGGGAGUUCACAUCAAGACUCAUAUCUUUUACAAAAUCCGAAUCCCAGCACCGCCGUUCGGUCCGCGACAAAUGCAGCAAGUUUGGUAUACCGGGGACCCAGACACUUGCAGACGGGCUCUGCCCCGCAGUUUGAUACCCAAGCUGUCACAAGAUACAGGAUUCGAACGCCCAGAGUUGGAGGCUUUCUGGGAACAGUGGACUUUUAUGGCCAACUCGGAAUGGAGAGAUGACCCCGAUGAGUUGUGUGUCGCAAUGGAUCGCAAGACAUUCGAGCGGUGCCUUGUUCCUACAGGAGGCUCCCGUCAUGCAGCACCAAAUCUUAUCCACGAUCGAAUGUUCUCCUUUUACGACUCUAACAACGAUGACUUGAUUGGCUUCACGGAAUUUCUACAUGGAUUAUCAUACAGAAAGCGAAAGGAUAAACUGCGAAAGAUAUUCUCUGGCUACGAUCUGGAUGGCGAUGGAUAUGUUGAUCGCAAAGACUUUUUGCGCAUGUUCCACGGCCUUCAGGAUCAGCUACUCGCCAGCAGCGAAGCUCAGCAGCUCGUUACCAGCCGUCAACCACUGAGCAGUUUAUUUGGACGUGAGGGUCGAGUUCCUCCGGGUGAAGGACAGUUUCGGCACGAGGGCAAGACAUAUCAACGAGACGGUAGUGUGGAUAUUUCCGAUGGGCACGAGCACGUUGUUGCGCCAGAUCGCGGCGACACAGCAGCUCGUGGCGACAUUCUAACAAACCUGUUUGCUUGUGAAACCGACCAUCGAUUCCGGUCCAGGAGGCAGUUCAUAACUAGAAACGACACAGAUAGCAACUGGAGAACAGUCCGCCGUUUGAGUGGCAGUGAGACCGAUCGUACUUAUUGGGUUACGCUAUUGGAACCAGCAUCCACCUUGGACGAGCUUCCAGGCCUCAUAAUGGAGACUUUGAAUCCUGAGAUUGAGGAGCCUACAGAUGAUGAGGAUGAGGACGUUGAUGGCGACAGACCUGCAGAUGGCAUGAAUGGAACCCAUGAAGAAGACGAUACAGGAGGUCCGUCACGAACGGAAAGUGAGAUCAGAGCCGAGACCAUUGCCAAGGAUCGCAGCAGGGCUCCUAGACUGGACAAGCGCAAAAGAGACAUGGCACGCUAUCAACUACAUGAGCGAUGGAAGAGGCGGCAGUUCUACCUCGAUGAGGAAGAAGGGGGUCUUGCCCCUGAUGACUGGGCAGGCAGUGAAGAUAUUCUGGUGGAUCUUCGCCAGAUGGAUGAAGCCUCUAGUGACGACGAAGAAAACGACUCGACAACGACACCGACUAGUUCAAAGGUGAGAUUCGCCAACGGAAAUCUCACCGAUGACGAGGAUCAUGAUAAAACGACUUCUCCUAGCAGUGCUUCUGAGCAUGUGCCGCGAUGGAGAAUACCGCACGCUGAGCGAGAUGCUGGCAAGGAGAUUCUUUACCAGGUCACUCAGCAAGCAUUUAAUGAGUUGCUUGAUACCAUUUUUAAGCCAGCCGAGGACCUUGCUGUGCAAGCAGCUGAAACCAAAGAACAACGGGCAAAGUACAAAGACGUACUAGACACCAUCGAGCUUGGCGAUGAUGAUAAGUCCAAACCUACGAGUCGGGGUGAUUCCAAGGUUAGAUCCGCCACUGACAAGACUCUUGAGGAGCUCUUGUCCGAAACUGGAUAUACUAUUGCUUUGCCAGAAGGACGAAAUGCCGUCGAAAUUGAUACUACGGUUGAAAUCAUCCACGAGGAUGGAACGGCAGAGCCCGUUUCAGGGUCAGAAACUGAGACAACCAUGCCAGUUUCCGAAGACGAAGAACAAGAUCCCACUCUUCCACAAUUCCGGCCCAAAACAUUCGAAGAUGUCCCUACCUCUCCGGCUUACGUAUUCUACCCCAUUACGCAGCCUUUACCAGACACGUCCGAGGACGACGUACCCAGAGAAGAGGAUGACAUCGAUAGCCCUCCCACAUCAGACAUGCUGCGACACUGGAAACGCCUAAGUCUUGCUGAGGCCCAGGCGAUCAAAAGAGGAGGGUGGGGUAAACUAAGCUUUGACGAGUUUGAGGCCAUCUACAAGAGUCAGGAGCACCAAGGCAACAGACUCGAUUAUCUCGGAAGCUGGAUAGACUUUUGUAUUCCCUAG